UUGAUUAAAAUUAAUAACAUUGUUCAGAUUUCAAUGUGUUAACGGAUUAACAAGUAUAGACAGUGAUCAGUGAUUUACUUGAAACUCGAACCAUGAACAUCUCAAAGUAUUUAGCAGCUAAUCGUGUAAAAUUAUUGAAGACAUUAUUCUGUUACCUUUCAUAUACAUGUUACGGUGCUGGAACCACUUUAAUGGGUUCAUCCUUGUUUGAUUUACAAAUAAGGAUGAAUGUCUCAUUCGCACAAGCAUCUCGUCUGGUGCCAAGUCGUUCAUUUGGUAUUUUGAUCGGAUCGCUAGUUUCGGGAUUUAUUGGUAUUUUCGUAGAACCUGAAAUGGUCUUAUUUCUUAGCAACUUGAUGGCUGGUAUAUUGACUGUCGCAGCUCCUUGGUUCAAACAGUACAAUGUCGUUUAUGCCUGCCUUUUCUUGUGCGGAAUAGCACAAGGAAUCAUGGAAAUAUUUAUCAAUGCAUUUGUCCUCUCAACUUGGAACGAUGAGGCAACUAAUUACGUCCAGAUAUUGCAUGGAGUUUAUGGUGUAGGGUCAUUGGUGGCUCCUCUGAUGCUUAAACCCUUUUUAUUGCCGCAAGUGUCUGAUAUUAAUGUAAAUAAUACAAUUGAAAGUGAUGGUCCAACUAUUGUUGCUUACACUCCAGACGAUGUUAAAGUUCAAUAUCCAUAUCUGGUUCUCGGGUUAACUGUGACUCUUACUUCACUUGGAUUUUUAUAUUUCUAUUUCAAGAGCAAGAAAAAUUCAACUAGCAAGAGUAAUGAAACCAUAAACACUGAUAAUCAUCCUACAUGGAAGAAAAUUUUAGUUGUUAUAAUUGGCGCUUUUAUUGCUCAUACAACAUUUUCAGUUAACGCUAUGACCGGAUCAUUGGCACCGGCUUUUGUUGUCAAAUCGGACCUGCAAAUGACCAAAAAGGAUGGUGCAGAUUUGGUAUCAGCAUAUUGGACUGUCUUCACAUCUUAUCGUUUACUUUUCAUCAUUGCAACUAAUUUUAUUGAAAAGAAAGCCAUAAUCAUCUUUAAUUGUCUGCUAACUUUGACAAGCACUGUUUUAAUGUUUCUUUAUGCUGCUCAUAGUCGGACCUUCGCUUGGAUCUCAUUCAUCAUGCUUGCCGUUGGAUUUUCACCAACAUUUGCAGCUUCUCUCGGUUUCAUACAAGAGUACAUAUUUAUAACGCGAAACUAUGCGUCUUUUAUCUUUCUCAUUGGUGCCAUUGGUGACACGGCUCAUCCCUGGAUAAUAACUGGAUUCAUGGAUAAGACACCUGAACUAUUUGCUACCUACGUCGCCUCUUUGGCUGCCAUGCAGGCCAUAAGUGUAUUUAUUUUACCGUUUGUUUGUGCAAAGCUUUUCAAAACCAAGACCAAAGAGACUCUCAAUAGAACGUCAUCUCUAAGAAUCAGUCAAAGAUAAUUGAUGUUGCUUUAAAUUAAAUUUGUUAUUGUAAUUAAUAAACAUUCCUUGUGUUAUUUAACCAGAAAA